AUGGCAUCCGAAUUACACGGCAAUAUCGAAGAAUACCAAUUCGACACAGUGAUAGUUUUCGGUGACUCGCUGUCAGACACAAAUAAUGUUUAUACAUUAACAAACGGCACAUGGCCUACUACACCACUAUAUUAUCAAGGUCGAUUUUGCGAUGGUUUCAAUUGGGUGGACAAUUUGAGAAUAUUGAACGUGAAGAAUUACGCACAUGGAGGUGCAACGACUGAUAGUGCCGUAGUCCAGGGAUAUACAAAGUUAGAUACAGUACCUGUCCCCGGUGUUCGUCAACAAAUCAAAAUCUAUCUAGAUAGUACUAAAGAAGAAGAUAUUGACUUUGCAAAGACGCUUUACAUUAUCUCAGCCGGUGGGAAUGAUUUUGUUUAUAGUAAAGUUUCAAAUCCAUUUGCAAUAGUGAAUCGUCUGUCCAAUGCAGUCAAUGAGUUAAUCGCUUGCGGUGCGAAACAUAUUCUUAUUUUUAAUCAACCGCCGGCUGAAACCUAUCCAUAUGUUCAAGCACUCAGCUAUAAAUUUGUUGUGAAACAAUUCGCUAUACUCUUUAAUAGCAUUCUUUCGUUUCGUCUGAAACAAAUUCAGAAAAGUAAUUCUCACAUUUCCUUGAAACUCUUCAAUCUGCAUCUCAUCAUCAAGAGAGUUGUUGGUAACGAAUCUGGGCAUUUUGAAAAUACGACAGAUCCGUGUUGGGACAUGGCGAAUGACAUUCCUGCUGUUUUACAAAGCUUAAAUCCAUCAAAAUAUGUGUUCUUCGAUAAAUUUCAUUUUACAUCCAGUGUACACAAAACAAUCGCAGAUGCAAUUCACGAAUUGAUUUCUUCUAAAACUAGUUCAUUUGUGUAUCCAUCGAAUUAA